AUGCUCGGCUCAACCGCACUCGGCUUCGUCGCCUUCGGCCUCGCCCCGUUCGCCCUCGCCCAGGAACCUCCAGCCGUCGGCCUCGGCAUCGGCCUGGGCAUGCCACCGCCGACGCCGACGCCGACGCCUUCGCCCCGGCUCGACGACGUCCUCGUGCGCCGCAACCUCGACUCCGUCUGCGUCAGCUCCGUCCUCGCCGGCCUCGCCAUGCCCUUGACCAGCGUCAACCCGAAUCUCCUCCGCUGGGCGAGAGCCUCCGCCGCCGCCGCCGCCACCGCCGCGAGGACCGGCGCCGUCGCCGCACCCACCUCCUCCUGCACCAUGACGGCUCCCGCCAGCCUCUCCACGGCCUUCACCGAGUACCUGUCCAUCCUCGACCACUACCUCCACACCAUCGAUGCCAAGGCCGCCGCCGUCAGCACCGACUGCGGCGCCCCUGGCCAGCUCUCCCUCUCCUUCACCGGCAUCUGCACCACCUCCAUCACCCUGCUCUUCGUCGACGCCAACAACAUGGUGACCACCACCUCGGUUCCGCCCCUGCACUCGCCCCCCAACAGGAUCCCCAUCGGCCCUCAAGGAGCCGCCACCAUCACCUCCUUGCCCUCAUCCUCCCACCCCCCCUCGGCUUCCAACUCCGCCGCUGCUGCCCCGGCCAUUCCCAACCUCCUGCUUCCUGUCGCUGCCCUUGCCGCCGUCCUCGGACCUGUCUUGGCCCUGUAG